UUGUAAUUAAAGAAUUAAUUUUAACUUUAAUGAAACACAGUAGUUUUCAUUUAUAAACAUUAAUACAGUGCACUAAAUAUAUGCAUAGUUUUGAGCAAGACUUAAGCCUGUUUGAAGCAGUGGCAAUUGCUGGAAAGGUGAGCCAUGUCUUUCCAUUCGGGGCGAGGAUGUCCCCGUGCUCAGGGGGGACCAGGAGCAAGAACUUCAACACAGACCUACCGCCCUCAGAAUCUACGGCAGCUUCACCCACAGCAGUCCUCUGUACAAUACCAGUAUGACCAGCAAACUGCCCCUUCAACAACCUAUUCAAACCCUCCAACUACUGGUUACAUGCCUCCCAGGCCAGACUUUGUGCCCUAUCCUCCUCCAGUGCCUCCCUCCACGCAAAAUCCCGUCAGCCAGUGUCCCAUGAGGCCACCAUUUCCAAACCACCAGAUGAGGCAGAGCUUCCCAGUGCCUCCAUGCUUCCCUCCUGCUCCUCCGCCAGUGCCAAACCCUAGCAACACUCCCGUGCCUGGAAAUCCUGCUGGGCAAAGCACCUUUCCUUACAUGAUGCCUCCUCCCGCAGUACCGCAUCCUCCUCCACCACCAGUCAUACCACAGCAAGUCGGUUACCAGCCUGUGUACUCCACAGGGUAUUCACAGCCAUCGUUCCCACCACCUAACUUCAAUAGCUAUCAGCACAGCUCUGGUUCCUUUCAGAGCACCACCACCAACAGCAGUAGCAGCAGCAGCCAUUUUCGGCACACGGGUCAGUACCAGGGAGAGAAGUCGCAAAGUGAUCGACGGUCUCCAGACAGGAGCAAGCACUACGAUGAGCAUCGACAUCGUGAACAUGGUCACAUCCAUGGGGACAGGCAUCGGUCCACUAACCAUGGGGAUCGUCGGGAUCGAGGCCGGAGUCCAGAUAGGAGGAGGCAGGAAAGCAGUCGGCACCGGACAGAUUAUGACAGAGGAAGGAUCUCGCCCCAUCACAGAAGUUACGAGCGUAACAGGGAACGGGAGAGGGAGAGGCAUAGACACCGUGACAGCAGGAGAUCACCAUCACUAGACAGAUCAUACAAAAAAGAUUACAAGAGAGCAGGAAGCCGGUCUCCAAGCAGAGAGAGAAAGAGACCCCGAUGGGAGGAGGACAGAGAAAGGUGGUCUGAGAACCAGAGCUCCAGCAAAGAGAAAAAUUAUACCACUAUCAAAGACAAAGAAUCAGAGGAGAAUGCAUCUGAAAAAAAUGAAGAGGAAGAUGAGGAAUUACUUAAGCCAGUCUGGGUUCGCUGUACCCAUUCUGAAAGCUACUAUUCCAAUGACCCUAUGGAUCAAGUGGGGGACUCUACUGUGGUAGGAACAAGCAAGCUCAGAGAUCUGUAUGAAAAGUUUGAUGAGGAGUUAGGAAAGCGACAGGCAAAGGCCAAAGCAGCCAGGCCACCAUGGGAGCCACCAAAGACCAAGCUGGAUGAAGAUUUAGAGACCUCCAGUGACUCAGACUGUGACUCUGAAGAUGACAGCAGCUGCUCUAGCAGUUCAGAUUCGGAUGUUUUUGACGUCAUUGCAGAAAUCAAGCGUAAAAAAGCACACCCUGAUCGUCUCCAUGAAGAACUGUGGUACAAUGAUCCGGGACAGAUGAAUGAUGGACCUUUGUGCAAGUGCAGUGCUAAAGCCCGACGAACAGGAAUAAGACAUGGCAUUUAUCCUGGCGAAGAGCCCAUUAAACCAUGUCGCCCCAUGACCAACAAUGCUGGAAGACUAUACCACUAUCGAAUUACUGUGUCGCCUCCCACAAACUUCUUAACAGACCGACCUACUGUUAUUGAGUAUGAUGACCAUGAAUAUAUCUUUGAAGGGUUCUCAAUGUUUGCACAUGCCCCAUUAACAAACAUUCCUCUAUGUAAAGUAAUCAGAUUUAACAUUGACUAUACAAUUCAUUUCAUUGAGGAGAUGAUGCCUGAGAAUUUUUGUGUGAGAGGUCUUGAGCUCUUCUCUUCAUAUCUAUUCAAAGAUAUUUUGGAGCUUUAUGACUGGAAUCUUAAAGGUCCUUCACUUGAAAAUGAUUCUAUUUGCUGCCCCAGGUUUCACUUCAUGCCGCGAUUUGUGAGGUUUCUUCCAGAUGGAGGAAAAGAAGUACUCUCAAUGCAUCAGAUUCUUCUCUACUUGUUACGAUGCAAUAAAGCUCUGGUGCCUGAAGAGGAGAUUGCCAACAUGCUUCAGUGGGAAGAACUGGAAUGGCAGAAAUAUGCAGAAGAAUGCAAAGGGAUGAUUGUUACCAGCCCCGGCAUGAAACCCAGCUCAGUUCGUAUUGAUCAACUGGACCGCGAACAGUUCAAUCCUGAUGUAAUUACUUUCCCCAUUAUCGUCCACUUUGGGAUACGACCUGCUCAACUCAGUUAUGCUGGAGAUCCUCAGUACCAAAAGCUGUGGAAGAGUUAUGUGAAGUUGCGUCACCUCCUGGCUAAUAGUCCCAAAGUCAAACAGGCUGAUAAACAGAAAUUAUCACAAAGAGAGGAAGCUCUGCAGAAAAUUCGUCAGAAGAACACGAUGAGACGUGAAGUGACUGUUGAGUUGAGCAGCCAGGGAUUCUGGAAAACAGGGAUACGCUCUGACGUCUGCCAGCACGCAAUGAUGCUUCCUGUCCUCACUCACCAUGUCCGCUACCAUCAGUGUCUGAUGCAUUUGGACAAAUUGAUAGGCUACACUUUUCGAGAUAGGUGCUUGCUGCAGCUUGCCAUGACUCAUCCAAGCCAUCAUUUAAAUUUUGGAAUGAAUCCGGAUCAUGCCAGAAAUUCCUUAUCCAACUGUGGGAUUCGACAGCCAAAGUAUGGAGAUAGAAAAGUUCACCAUAUGCACAUGAGGAAAAAAGGAAUAAACACCCUGAUAAAUAUUAUGUCCCGUUUGGGACAGGAUGAUCCAGCUCCUUCCAGGAUUAACCACAACGAGCGUUUAGAAUUUCUGGGAGAUGCUGUGGUGGAGUUCUUGACAAGUGUCCACUUGUACUACCUGUUUCCCACUCUGGAGGAAGGAGGUUUAGCUACGUACCGCACUGCCAUCGUUCAGAACCAGCACCUGGCCAUGUUGGCUAAGAAGCUGGAACUAGAUCGAUUUAUGCUUUAUGCUCAUGGUCCAGACCUUUGCAGGGAAUCAGAUCUCCGCCAUGCCAUGGCCAACUGCUUCGAAGCCCUAAUAGGUAAAGCAUGUGUAUUUGU